GCACUUGAAAUACACGCGUGUUUACCAUUCACGCGUGUUUACCACUCACGUGACGGCUCACGUGACUGUAACCAAGAAGGCACCGCCUCCCGGCAUAAACAACUUCGUUUCUUGCCAGAGGGUUGAGCCGAUUGUCCGAGUGACUGAGUGAUUGUACUCAUGAGUCGAACAGAAGGGUUUACACUCCCUCGUAUACCAGCUGCACACUCAAGGCUGGCUGUGCCGUCGAAGACAUGGGCCAGUCAUCGUCCACAUCAUUAUCGUUCGUUGUCUGAGCCAACGUACUACACAUCAUACUUGUGUUGUCCUCGACAGGAUGUUCCUAACGCUGUGAUUCGUGACCCGCCGGCGUGUGACGAAGUGUUUGAUAAGAUUGGACGCGAUCGAGUGUUGCCACGAAUCGCUGCUAAGGUAGAUACGCCUCUGACGACGUCGGAGUAUGACAGCCUGCAUGAUCCGCAUGUGAGGCAUCUCUACUUGAGGAAUAAGUCACUGAGACAGCAUCUCAUUCGAAAUGGUUUGGUGACCGAAGAAUUACGAGUUUUAGGAAGACCUGAAGAAUAUCGUCAACAUGUUAGAGCUCACGAGAUAUUGGAACGAAAAGAACAGCUGCAGAGGAAACUGGAAGAGAGAGAAGUGAAUCGGUUGUCAAAGAUUGGAAUCAAACAUCCUCGUCUUCCAAAACUUGUCCUCAAGGAAAUGGAACGAGCAGAAACACGUCAAGCACACACUCAACACAGACAGACCAGACAAGCAGAAGAACGCAAUCAACAACUGCAGGACAAACACGAAGAAAGGAGAAUGCAGGAGGCGGCCAAGAAACAGGCAAGGCUAGCAAGACAGAGAGAAGAAGAGAUGGAGGAAGAGCAGAGAAGAGAAGAACGACGUCAACAAGAAGAGGAGAUGUUCAUGACCAAGUACAACAACCGAUUUGCGGAGCUACCAAACGGAUCAGAGAUUGCUGCUUGGCAUCGCGAGGCGGACGUCUUAGAGCACAGAAUUCAAGUAAUGGAGUAUCUACAUUGGGGAGCAGAUGGACAACGUGGUAUGGAAGGCAACUCUCUCUUGGCAUACCUCAAUACAAUAGACUGGGACCAAAGAGUAAAGGAGGCAUCAUCUCAACCGAGACGCAGAAUAGAAGAGGCCAAGAUAGCCAAAGAAUUUGCUGAUGCUGAAGCUGAACGAACUGCAGUUCGCCAAGAUCUGGACAACGUGAAAGUCGAGUUACAAACAGAACUCGAUGCUCUUUCACGGGAAGAAAGAGGCUCACAUCAACUUUCACAGGAAGAGGACACACAACAGAGAGAGCAGCGAGGUGAUGAAGGCAUGCAGGCAGUGGUUAGUGAUGUUGACCUCUUUCAAGACCUUCUCACAUCAAAUUUUAAAACUGUGGACGAUGAUAACAACGGGUAUCUUCCACUAGAUUCGUUUGUAUCAGUUUUGAAUUCACGUGCAGUAGAUCUACAACUAAACGACGAGGAGAUGCAUUACAUACUUUCGCAUGCGAGUCAUACGGACGAUGGAUACGUGUCCUACACGGAUGUCGUACCAAUUAUGAGCAACAUAUUGAGGGAAAUCUACAAAGAAAGAGCAGAGACAGGCCAAGACACAGAGUUAGGUCUGUGGAAGAUGCUGUACUCACCAACUCGAGGUUAUGUUUACUUUCACAAAGAGACUGGCGACGUACAGCGAACGAGACCGGCAGAUUAUGUUCCGCCAUUGAGGGAUGAGUUGUUUUGGGAGACGAUGUUGGACAUAUUUACUACGGCUGAUAGCAAUCAGGAUGGAUUGCUGGAUAGACAUGAAUUAUACUUGCUGCUUAUGUCUAAGACAGUUGGUCUUCGAUUGUCGGAAGAGCAACGAGGUCAAGUGCUUGAUCUGUUUGAUAGUAUGGGAGCAGCCGCAGUUGCAUUCGAAGAUUUUAUACCGCUGGCAAGAAUUAUUAUCAUGAUGGUGUAUCAAAGGCAGUACGACGGUUCAGCACAGUGGAUAGAGUUGAACAGUGCUGAAUAUGGACCAUUCUGGUAUGAUCGUCACACAGGUGAAGUGCUGCUCAAUCCACCAGCAUCUGUCAGCUCUGAAGAGGUGACAGCUACUGAACCUGUCAGUGAUGAACAUGGAAUUCUACCAAUUGCUCCGCAGGAACCAAGCCAUAGUGCUCCUUCUUCGGUCUCGAGGAGUCUAGGUGGUGUUCUUCCUCCUAUUGCAGAAGUCACUGAUAGAGAUACUCUUGGAGGGAGCCCUGAGUCAGCAGCUGCUAUUAAAAGAUCUUCUUCAUUAGACAUAGAACGUCCUCAGAGUCCUCUUCCACCAGCUGAUACUCCAGAAGUUGACAAUCGACCUGAAUCACCUUUGUAUAGGGAUGUAUCUGAGGCACGUGGAACAAUAGGAGCGAGCCAUGAGUCAGAACGAAGUCAAGGAAAGCGCCGACAUAGAACCAGACGGUCAAGGAGCAGGCUUGAAAGGUCAUUUUCACGCGAGGAGAGAUCCAAAGAGGCAAAGAGUCGAGGACAUUCUCGACGACGUAGAAGACACUUGGAACGGGCAGCAGUCAGUGAUAUAAACAAUGUUGAUGUAGAGCAUUUGGCAGAGCAAUUUCAGGGUGAGAGCAAAAUGGUGAAGACAACUGUCAUACCCGAUGAGUCAGUAGAAGCACAUCAGAAGACAGAGACAAUGAAUAACAAUGUAGCUGAAGCUGCUGAUAAGUCAGAUGCAGUCGAGCCAGAAAAUUUUGCACCAGUGUCAGAGCUUCAGGAAAAGACAACAGAAGUGGCUGCAGUAUCACCCAUUGUGCAGGAAGAAAGAGACGUGUACAGUAAAGAAAGUCAACUUGAUGAUUCUGAAGAAGCCAAUGUGAUUCUCGAUAAAGCAGAUCUUCAAGAACAUGAAGGUAGCAAUCAACAUUUGGCACAAGAUAAGUAUGUAACACAACAGAGUGAUCAGUACGAGCAGGGCAAGAUCGAAGAGGAUACGUCAGAAAGAAUAGAAGGGGAGGAAUCGCUAGAAGCUGAAGUAGUCAGCACUAAAAAUGAGCCUGUAGAUGCAGAUGCCAAUUUGGAGGAACCAACUGUUGAGCAAGAAAUGCACUUGAACUCUGUUACAGACAUAGAGCCACACAAUCAAGUAGGAGAAGACACUCUCUCUACUAUCAAGUCUGCAGGAAGCGAGGAACAUGAAUCAUCAGCACUAGAAGAUGACAAUCCAACACAUAAGCCAAUCCUGGAAGACCAGAUUGAGAAUCAAGUUGACAUCAUGUCGAAAUCAGUCAGUGAUAGCACGUUACUUCUAACAGACAAAGAGGCAAACGACUUGGACAUGGUCACAGACAAUACUGAGCCAAUGGCUAUCAAAGAUAGAAACCUACCGGAUGAUGAUAAAAUCAGUUUGGGUACGAGGAGCUUACCCAAGAUAUCCAAAUCUAAAUUCAAUGGGCCGUCAUCUCGAGCUGGUUCUGCAUCCACAGGUAAAGCCACUAUCGGACAGAUCUCUCCAACAUCGAGUUUCUUUCAGUCACACGAGGGUCUAGUCAAGGACUCUCCCACUGCGAGUGAAUCUAGAAUGAAAAGUCAGUCACAGGCAAGUGGAAUAAAGACAAAUGUCGAUGACAAUAAUUAUUCUAUACCAACUGAUCAUCAGUCGAUAACUGAUCAGGAGAAGUUGGCAUCGCGAAGAAGCUCACUAAUUGAAGCUCAGUAAUACUGAUUUCCUAAUUAAGUUUGAGAAAGACUUAUGUAUUUCAAGUUGUAUUGCAAAGAUCAAGUCCGUACUUACUUACCAUGUUUGUAUUUCUUAUAAGACAUUGAGAAUGUCAUGCAGAGGUACAAUGUAUGUAUAUAGACAUGUCAUUGUGUUAGCAGUAUUCAAGUCUCUACAUACUGUAUUUGAGAGGUAAAAAGAGUCAGUCGAUGCAAGUGCAAGUAAUAGGAAUUUAAACCUUGAAACUAGG